UUUGUAGCUGGGAUUAUUUCACUUCUGGAUGAGGAAGAGCCAGAACUCAAGGAAUUUGCUCUUCACAAACUGAAUGCCGUUGUCAACGACUUCUGGGCUGAGAUUUCCGAGUCUGUAGACAAAAUUGAAAUCCUGUAUGAGGAUGUGGGCUUCCGGAGUCGUGAGUUUGCCGCUUUGGUGGCCUCGAAGGUCUUUUAUCACCUGGGGGCCUUUGAGGAAUCGCUCAACUAUGCCCUGGGAGCUGGCAACCUCUUCAACGUCAACGACAACUCUGAAUACGUGGAGACCAUCAUCGCAAAGUGUAUCGACCACUACACCAAACAAUGCGUGGAAAAUGCAGAUCUGGCUGAGGGAGCCAAGAAGGCCGUGGAUCCGAGGCUGGAGGGGAUUGUGAACAAGAUGUUCCAGCGCUGCUUAGACGACCACAAGUACAAGCAAGCCAUUGGGAUUGCCCUGGAGACGCGCAGGCUGGAUAUCUUCGAGAAAACCAUUUUAGAAUCGAACGAUGUUCCUGGGAUGCUGGCCUACACCUUAAAGCUCUGCAUGUCGUUGAUGCAGAAUAAGCAAUUCCGCAACCAGGUGCUGCGAGUUCUGGUCAAAAUCUACAUGAACCUGGAGAAGCCUGACUUCAUCAACGUGUGCCAGUGCCUCAUCUUCUUAGACGAUCCGCAGGCCGUGAGUGACAUCUUGGAGAAGCUGGUGAAGGAGGACAACCUGCUCAUGGCGUACCAGAUCUGCUUCGACCUGUAUGAAAGCGCCAGCCAGCAGUUCCUCUCCGCUGUGAUUCAGAACCUCCGGACCGUGGGCUCCCCUAUUGCUUCUGUGCCCGGGUCGACUAACACGGGGACUGUCCCCAGCGUGGAAAAAGAAGGGGACACCAUGGAGACAGAGGAAAAGGCAGGGAGUCCUGUGGCUGCAGGGAAAUCCACCCAAAGCAGCAACCCCGAGUCAAAAGAGCAGAUCCCCAAAAUGAUCAAAAUUUUAAGCGGCGAAAUGGCCAUUGAGUUACACCUGCAGUUUUUAAUACGAAACAACAACACAGACCUCAUGAUCCUAAAAAACACAAAGGAUGCUGUACGGAAUUCCGUCUGUCACACAGCCACAGUUAUAGCAAACUCCUUCAUGCACUGCGGAACGACCAGUGACCAGUUCCUUAGAGAUAACUUGGAGUGGCUGGCCAGGGCCACCAACUGGGCCAAGUUCACUGCUACGGCCAGCCUGGGGGUGAUACAUAAGGGCCACGAGAAGGAGGCUCUCCAGUUAAUGGCGACGUACCUACCUAAAGACACGUCUCCCGGCUCAGCCUAUCAGGAAGGAGGCGGGCUUUACGCCCUGGGACUCAUCCACGCCAACCAUGGCGGCGACAUCAUCGACUACUUGCUGAACCAGCUUAAGAACGCCAGCAAUGAUAUCGUCCGCCACGGGGGCAGCCUUGGCCUCGGCUUAGCCGCCAUGGGGACCGCACGCCAAGAUGUGUAUGACCUUCUGAAAACAAACCUGUACCAAGAUGAUGCAGUGACAGGUGAAGCGGCUGGCCUGGCUCUCGGACUGGUGAUGCUGGGAUCGAAAAACGCCCAGGCGAUUGAGGACAUGGUGGGCUACGCCCAGGAGACCCAGCACGAGAAGAUCCUGCGAGGCCUGGCGGUCGGCAUCGCCCUGGUGAUGUACGGGCGGAUGGAGGAGGCCGACGCCCUCAUCGAGAGCCUCUGCAGGGACAAGGAUCCGAUCCUCCGUCGUUCGGGGAUGUAUACAGUUGCCAUGGCGUACUGCGGCUCAGGGAACAACAAAGCGAUCAGGCGCCUCUUGCAUGUGGCAGUGAGCGACGUCAACGAUGAUGUACGAAGGGCAGCCGUGGAGUCCCUGGGCUUCAUUUUGUUCAGGUACGGUUUUCUCAUAUCCUUCUCUUUUGCGUUAUCCGACGAUGUAUCCAAAGUUCUGCAGAGUCACCUGUGCUUCCUCUUAAGCAAACAAAAAACUUGUCUUGGCCUCCUGCAACAGGAAUGGUUGUGCUCAAAACCUUACAUCAUUUUUUUUCUUUCUCUGUCUCAGGUCAGCCAGUUCAGACAGCUCUAUUCCAAAGUCAUCAACGACAAACAUGAUGAUGUGAUGGCCAAGUUUGGAGCGAUCCUAGCCCAAGGCAUAUUGGAUGCAGGUGGUCACAACGUCACUAUUUCUCUGCAGUCACGGACCGGGCACACGCACAUGCCUUCGGUGGUUGGAGUUCUGGUCUUCACUCAGUUCUGGUUCUGGUUCCCCCUCUCUCACUUCUUGUCGCUGGCUUUCACCCCGACCUGCGUCAUUGGCCUCAACAAGGACCUGAAGAUGCCGGAAAGUGCAGUACAGAUCCACGUCAAGCCCUCCACUUUCGCCUACCCAGCUCCUCUGGAGGUGCCGAAGGAAAAGGAGAAAGAGAAGGUGUCCACUGCUGUGCUGUCCAUCACUGCAAAAGCCAAGAAGAAGGAGAAAGAAAAGGAAAAAGAGAAAAAAGAGGAGGAAAAAAUGGAAGUGGACGAGACGGAGAAGAAGGACGAGAAGGAGAAGAAGAAGGAGCCCGAGCCCUCCUUUCAGCUGCUGGACAACCCGGCCCGGGUCAUGCCCGCCCAGCUGAAGGUCCUCACCAUGCCAGAAAGCUGCCGCUACCAGCCCUUUAAGACCCUUUCCAUCGGCGGCAUCAUCGUCCUGCGAGACACCAGCGAGGACACAGAAGAGCUGGUUGAGCCAGUGGCCGCCCACGGGCCAAAGAUCGAGGAGGAAGAGCAGGAACCGGAGCCCCCGGAGCCCUUUGAGUAUAUCGAUGAUUAGGAUGAGGCUGCGUGGAAGAGUCUCACUCCUUCAAGAAGCUGGCCUUUUGCGUCUGAUAUUGGAAAUGCACCAGAAGGAAGUCCCGGUGGCUCAAGGCACACCCCUGUGCUUUCUAUGCAGCCAACAGCGGAAACGGAAAAUGUAUCCUACUACUUAGUGUAUGCUUUCACCGGAACCUUGUUUUCAGAAUAAAUAAAUUAAAACUCC